AACUUUCAUUUUGGAACUAUUUUUCAACCGUGACGGGACGUGUCGGAAUUACGUCUUUUCAACGGUCGUUAAACGUCCAAAUGUUUGUUGGGUAUGAGCAACUAUUAAUAACAAAUCGACCAACCUUAGAAACGUCUGAAAGGUAUGUGCAUCAUGAAGAAGCGGGGAAAACAGUUUAUAAAAACGAAUUAGCAGUCUAAACGUUAUUUUUAUGGCUAUUUUAUAUUGAAUAUUACGGCUUCCAUUAUAAGUAUAUCGGCUAAUUAUAUAAAUAUUUGUGGGCUUUAGCCACAUUGUUGAACUAGUUAAAUUAUAUCUUAAGAAGUAGUCGCAAGACACGUUUUUAUCAAGAAACUACUGCAAUGUGAUAUUCUUUUCAUGUCAAUAUUAGUGACAUAGCCUACGUCUAUCUUUGGGCUGGUUUCGACCAAAUUUCGACGGGCCAAAUAAAAACAACAUUUCGACGUCGAUUUUUGGGCCAAUUUCUAUCAAAUGUCGUCGGACCAAAUAAAGACCAAAUUUCGAUGAGACGGAGCGAUCUUCAGAUUUGCCUUUACAUCUCUUGACUUUUAUUGAACAAUUCAUUUCGUUAAUUCAUCCAUUUAACAAUACAUUUUCAUCUGAAUUACUGGCUGUCCUAUUUUUGUCUUGUUUUAACAUUUCUGGUGAGUUGGUUAUUUUUACAGGUCAGAUGACAUCGUUCGUCGGAGGAAGCUAUUGUCCGGCUGGCGUACCGAGGGAUCAGGUCGCCUCGUUGUUCGUCGGGGACCUUCAUCCAGAAGUGUCCGAGCUCAUCCUCCAGACGUUCAGCCCGUUCGGUCCGAUCCAGUCCGUGCGGGUCUGCAGAGACAGGGUGACUCGGCGAUCGCUGCGGUAUGGUUAUGUUAAUUUUGUUAACCUCGCCAAUGGUAAGUUCUCUUUCCAUUCUUCACCUUGACAUCUUGGUAAACACAUUUUGAAUUGAAAUUUACAGCCUCGUGUAUUUUUCUCCUCGAUGUUGCUUCCUGUAAAUCGUCUUUAAAUUAAGCUCUAUGAAUUGUGCCCGUAUAAAUAAACUUGCAAUGUCUUGUCUCGUCUCGUCUCUUAUCAACUCUAUCUUUCAGCAGAGAGUGCCAUGGACAACCUGAUGUGCCAGGACCUUCUGGGCAGACCCAUGCGGAUCAUGAUCUCCCAGCGUGAUUCCACGCUGAGGACGACUGGUGUCGGGAACAUCUUCGUCAAGGGUCUGGCCAGCAGCAUCGAUGGUGCCCGCCUUCAUGACAGCUUCUCGCUUUUUGGGAAGAUCCUGUCCUGCAAGGUGGUCUGCGAUGCAAACGGAUCCAAAGGUUAUGGAUUCGUCCACUUUGCCACCUUUGAAGCGGCAGAGAAGGCCAUCAAAGCGCUUGAUGGCAUGUUGUUGGACGACCAGCUGGUGUCCAUUGGCCACUUUAAAACCUUUGAAGAGCGUCGUGUUGAGCUGCAGGUCAUGGCUCAGGACAAUGAGAGGCGCUACCCGGGGGUGAGUCUGUACGUGUGUAAUCUGCCCUAUAGCUUCAGAGAGCAGCAGCUGUACAGAGCGUUCUCACCCUUUGGAAGCAUCGUCAGUGCCAAGUUGAUGAUGGAGGCCGGACGCAGCCGAGGGUUUGGAUUUGUCAGCUUCUCCACCCUCGAAGAUGCCACCAGGGCUGCGUCGGUCAUGAACGGGCGCGUGGUUGACGGCAGGGCGUUGCGGGUCACUCUGUCUCGUCACAAUGAGCAGAAGACCCAGACCGAGAAGCAGGACAGCAGCAGUGAAUCACUUCCUGCUGGACGGUUUACGUCUGCUGUUCCUCAAGUUCAAAAACGCCCUGACGUUCACCCUGAAAACCAGCCGCCGCUCCAGCACAUCGGUCGACAGACAGCAGCGUGCGUCCUCGCUCAGGGUGAGAGUCUCCGCCCACCCAUGCCUGUCGUCCCGUGGGAUGGCGUUAAUACUCGGCCUCCGCGCCUGCUGGUCUCUCGGGUGCUCCUGGAAUACUGGGCAAGCCAAGCAGAGUUGGAUGUGUUGCUUCCUAUGCGACUGCUCGCCCUGCCUGCACCCAGUGAUGAUACUGAAGUCAUCACUCACUUAUCUCGGAUUCCUAAAAUUCUGCCUGAUGGUGCAACAGCUCCUGUCCAAACAAAAGCUCAACAGUUAGAAAUGUCUUUUUGAAACUUUGGAUCGUUCAAAGUUUGAGUUGAAUUAAACAAUCGCCUACACAUCUCUCUCUCUACCGUAACAGCUGGUUAACUCUUCACAUCGGUCACCAUCCACGUGGGGGCGCCGGUUCUGGAUGACGUUAAACAGAUGUUCGGAGUCCAGAAGCCUGAGCUGCCCCACCAGCUGGAGCAUCGUGAAUCUACAGACGACACGCAGGCAUUACAAAUGGAUCUAUGGCAGAACACUCCCGCGGAACAAGACCAACGUGAAGCUUUGAUGAACACGUCGAAGCUGUUUAUUGUAAAUAACUGUACAUAAUGUAAAUAAAAUAGCAU